AUAACUAACAUCUGGUUGCUAGGUGUGGCCUCUUUUCAAACUAUAAAAGCAAAGCCUGAGACUUCACUUCCAGUGUGAAACCCUUAGAGAAGCUGCUCUUCUGAGUUCUUUGGAGGAAGGAAGAAAAUCUAUACUGAAUUAAAAAUGUCAAUGGUACAGGAAUUCCUCAAACAAGCCUGGUUCAUUGAAAAUGAAGAGCAGGAAUAUGUGAAAACUGUGAAGGGAUCCAAGGGGGGCCCAGGGUCAGCCGUGAGCCCCUAUCCCAGCUUCAACCCAUCCUCAGAUGUCGAGGCUUUGCAUAAUGCAAUAAUGACUAAAGGUGUAGAUGAAGCAACCAUCAUUGACAUCCUGACUAAGAGAAACAACGCACAACGUCAACAGAUCAAAGCAGCUUAUCUCCAAGAAAAAGGAAAGCCUCUGGAUGAAACUCUGAAGAAAGCUCUAACAGGCCACCUGGAGGAGGUUGUCUUGGCUCUACUGAAAACACCAGCUCGUUUUGAUGCUGAUGAGCUCUAUGGUGCCAUGAAGGGUCUUGGAACUAAUGAGGAUACCCUGAAUGAAAUUUUGGCAUCAAGAACUAAUAGAGAAAUCAGAGAAAUCAACAGAGUCUACAGGGAAGAAUUGAAAAGAGACCUGGCUAAAGACAUUACCUCAGACACAUCUGGAGACUAUAGGAAGACUCUGCUUUCCCUUGCAAAGGGGGACCGAUCUGAGGAUCUUGGCGUAAAUGAAGAAUUGGCUGAUACAGAUGCCAGGGCCUUAUAUGAAGCGGGAGAGAAAAGAAGAGGAACAGAUGUGAAUGUGUUCAAUACUAUUCUUACCACCAGGAGCUAUCCCCAUCUUCGCAGAAUGUUUCAGAAGUAUAGUAAGUACAGCGAUCAUGACAUGAAUAAAGUUCUGAAGCUGGAGAUGAAAGGUGAUGCCGAGAAAUGCUUCCAAACAAUUGUAAAGUGUGCCUCAAGCAAGCCAGCUUUCUUUGCUGAGAGACUUCAUAAUGCCAUGAAGGGUGCUGGAACUCGUCAUAAGGAUCUGAUCCGAAUCAUGGUUUCCCGUUCUGAAAUUGACAUGAAUGACAUCAAAGCAUAUUACCAGAGAAUGUAUGGUAUCUCUCUUGGCCAAGCUAUCCUGGAUGAAACCAAGGGAGACUACGAAAAAAUCCUUGUGGCUCUCUGUGGAGCAAAUUAAACAUUCCUUUGAUGAUCUACAGCCUUUUGAUCUGAAGACUUCUUCAUCAUGUCUUUCUAUUCCAUAUCAUAAUGUUAAAUAGGACUGUUUUCUCUAGCAGGAUCACAGUCUAGCUAAAUGUUUCCUUAAAAAAGUAUUACUCACAAAUUGUUUUUAUAUCACAACUCUGAUUAACAGAGGUAUUUUUUUAAAUGUAUGCCCUAAACUGUACACACAGCAAACAGGUUAGGUUAAGUUGCAUUGCCAGAGAAACAAUUGUCUGUAGCUUAUAAUAAAGUUAUGCUUAAAGAAUA